UCCUACGUACUAAAACUAAACCACCAAGACUUUGUUAUCUAGUUUUCUAGUCGUCUACUAUUCACACUUCAUCGUCUUUACCUCGAUCACCACCUCAUUCCUCUUUAUCUUCGUAUGCAAUAUUUCCAGACCACUUCACUCUCUCCCUCACCUUAACACCACUUCCAGAAAAAAACAACAUCAUCGUAACAAAAUAUCAAACAGGUUAUUCUUCCUUAAUUUCCACGAAAAUAAUGGAGGUUUUCUUUCUCAUAGCUUUGUUAUUGUUUACGGUUCAAAUGAUGAUCGAGCCGUCACGUGCCGCCAUCGACACUUUCGUCUACGGCGGCUGCUCGCAGAUUAAGUUCACGCCGGGGACGCCGUACGAGUCGAACGUCAACUCGGUCCUCACCUCGUUCGUCAACUCAGCUGCCACCGCCAACUUCAACAACUACAAGAUAUCCGUGCCGGGCUCCUCCCAGAGCGACAUUGUUUACGGCCUUUACCAGUGCCGCGGCGAUCUGGGCAGCGCGGAUUGCCGGAACUGCGUGGGCCGGGCGGUGAGUCAACUCGGGAUGCUGUGCGUCGACACCUCCGGCGGCGCGUUGCAGCUCGACGGGUGUUUCGUGAAGUACGAUAACGUCUCGUUCCUCGGGGCGGAGGACAAGACGGUGGUGUCGCACAAGUGUGGGCCGCCGAUCUCGUACGGCUCCGACGACGAGACGCGCCGGGAUGCCGUGCUGUCGUAUCUGACGGCCGGGGGACAGUACUUCCGGGUCGGUGGGUCGGGGCGGGUCCAGGGUGUGGCGCAGUGCACGCAAGACCUGAGCCAAGCGGAGUGCCAGGAUUGCUUGUCGGACGCCAUCGGACGGCUGAGAAACGAGUGUGGCUCCGCGCCGUGGGGAGAUAUGUUCCUGUCCAAGUGCUACGCGCGUUACUCGGAGCGUGGGUUCUCCUCAAAAAGCGAUGAUAACGAUGAAGAAGUUGAGAGAACACUUGCAAUCACAAUAGGACUCAUUGCUGGUGUGGCUGUACUGGUUGUUUUCCUCUCUGUUUUGAGCAAACUUUGUGAACCAAAAGGUGGAAAAUAAAGAGCAUUUUGUGGAUAUACUAGUAAAGUGUAUGUUGUUGCAUCCUUUGGGUAAAUUGUUUUGCUUUAGGUGCUCUUUUGCUUUUGUAUUAGUAUUAUUAUUAUUAUUGGCCUAGCUACUUUGCUCUUUUUAAUGUGCUUUUUGAAGAGUUCCCCCUUAGCUUCUUGUAUGGACUGUAAAGAGGUACAUUGAAACAAGUGAAGUAAUUAAAGGCUGUUGAAAUAACACAUAUGAGAUCAAACUUAGACACC